ACAAGAAACUAUAUUGAAAAGUAAUUAUACUGAAAGUCACAGUUGAAGUAUCCUGUUAGUUGAAGAAGCUUCCAACUUUUAGCCAAAAUGGCUGAUCUUUAAAUUACCAUAUAUUAUUAUUGCGGUGACUGAGACCCCGUUUACACUGUCCCGUGCAAGUUUGGAACAGUGACAAAACUGUCGCGGUUCGCCCUUGCGUUUACACUAGCACUGUGGAACCGUGACGAUUUUGCUCUGCUAUCCGGAACAGUUUUGACCCUGCUUUGAAAGCGAACGAAUUUUGUACCGUCACGGUUCCGUUUUUGAACGGGACAGUGUAAACACCUAUCCGAGACGAUUUUGUCACGGAUUCACAAAGAGGUCUUUUGUAUGGCUGUUUCAGGUAAUCGAGGCUUUGAUUGUGGCGUAACUACGUUCUCAAAUUCUGAAGAAAAGGAAAUUCUGAAGAAAAGACGACCACAGAAAAGGCUUGUAGUGUUUCCCAGUCCAAGCCUUGAUUGGACUUGGCAGUUUUGUAGUCUAAAAUAACAUUGAAAAUUAAAGCCACCUUGUCUUUCGUCCAAGUAAAGUUUUAAUCGGCCUUCCGCUCCAUUUUAACUCACAAUAAAAAUUCGAUUGUUGACUUCAGCGGCAGAAUAAAAGCCUUGGUUGACUAAAUACAGCUUCUUCUAAACAAUGUUCUACCAUUAAAUUAAGGUCGUACCGGUACAGUGUAAACGGAACGGCUAAACGGAACAAUUUGGAACCGCGACAGUGUAAACACUUGCGAACCGUAACGGUACAAAAUUGUCCCGGGACAGUGUAAACGGGGUCUGAGAUGACGUUUUUGAAACGUUGUACGUUCUGUGCAUAACGUUUUUGUAAAAACAGAAUGCCUUGAUAUACUGUGAUUCGGCUAUGAGUCAACAUUUACUUAAAAAUCAAAAGUGCGCUAAAAGAUUUAGUGACUACAAUUGAAGAUCAUCGGACAAGCAAGGUCACCUAAUUUAAAACAAAGGAUUCCAACUUGGGUAGACAGAAAGAGUUCCCGUCUUCUCUCUCGGACUCUUCAACUAGGUGAAAGAUUGGCGUUUGCUGAUUGGUUAAAACAAAGGAACCAAUCAAACAUGCUAUUCCUACUCUCACGUUAUUUUUGAGCCGAAUUUGGAUAGAAUGAAUACAAAAGAAAUUGGAAGGGAGAACGGAGUUGCCAAUUCAGUUUUCACGAUUUCUUCCAGGUGCUAUAUCAAAGAAAAAAAUACUGAAGGAUUACUUUCUACUUAUCAAUUGAAACGGACAUUGAGUUUUGAUGAAAUGUGCAGUUUGAUGAUCAGGUGUUAAGAUGGUGUCAAAAAAUGAAACAAUAUAUAUUUAUCACAGUUUGCUGGUGUAUUCUAAGUUUGACCUCGCCAAAUGUAAACAGCAAGCAAGAACAGCUAGUCGUGAACUCUCGGAACGAUCCUAAUGUUUCUUUUAAUGUGUUCAUGCAGCCCUGUCUCGCAGAGGCACAAAAACAAGGCGGAAAGCUAAUCUUUUCCUAUGCAAGUGAUUACUGUAUAGCAGAAGAAAUUUCAAAAGGAAAAACGAGAUGCAACUUAUUUAUUCGAUGUUUUUACUGCAGGCAUUGGCAAACUUCUGCCUUGCAAUCGAAAUGUUUGCAUCGAGGUACACAGUGAUCAUCGGAGAGGAAAGCGACAUUCUUCUUGAGGCUGGAUGUUCUACAAUUUUCCAUAUAUGCAGCAUGGAUGAAACUUGCACUCAUGUGAUAAGAUACAGAACUACAAAGGAAUAUAAGAUGGCAAAGGAUAAAACGGAGAUCGAAAACUUGAAAGAAGAAGAAGUCGUCGUUUGGGAGAAGGUUGCAAUUAAAAAAACCAAGCAGCCAAUUAAAACUGAGAUGUCAUCCUGCAAAUCGCUGAAACAAAUUGGCCGCACAAGUGGACUCUACGACAUCCAGUUGCCAAGCGGAAUCCACCAGGUGUACUGCGACAUGGAUACAAAUGGUGGUGGAUACACAUUUCUUUCAAAUGACAGUGUGUCAAGAAUCAACCAAUCAGAUAUCGACUUCCUACUGACUGACAACCAAGAUGUUCUUCUGCGCAUUUUGAAGUUGAAUGGCUCACAACCUUAUACAGUGAUUCAGCAAUACAAUGAUACAGGGGGACUCUCCGUCCAGUAUAGCAAUUAUGUUAACUACACCAAACCAACUAACGAUGCAAUGAGUGCCUACAUUUUUGUUGGUACCUUACCAGCAUCUUUUGCCAGAAAUAACGAUAAUCAAGGAUUCAUCUCUAAUGGCAUUCCGUUGUACUUUCAGAAUUGUGACAAAAAUCCCAACAAUUACUUUGCAUUCUUUUCCAAACGUAGGCAAGUAUCACUGAGAAGCAAGGUAGCAAGUUUUGGGGCUCGCUGGAUAAAGACACUUCAAGAGACACAAACAAAAAUACCAUCAAACUUUUUUCUGUUCACUGAAAUGCACUUCGGAGGUUGUGGAUUCUAUGGCGAAAGUGCAGGGUGGGCAAACACAACCAUUUCUGUCAUUGGUACAACUCUAGGCAUACGUUAAGAAAUCACAAAAACCUCGAUCACAAAAAACCUCGAGAUCAUUGCAACGAAGAAUAUUUGCUUUGUAGAAUUUAUUCCAGACUUGCGUUACUGCCUUCAGGCAAAGUGAUGAUUCCUUCUUGAAGGAAAAGCUCUUGACUUUUUGUGACAUUUAAAGUGUUGCUGUGUGACUGGGUUACACUUUCUCUGUAAUGAUUCACCAACUUCUUCUUUUUUCGGAUCUUUUCAGAAAUAUAAUUGUAUGAGCAUCUAGCUAUUUAUGAACUACUAUACUCAGAGGUGGAUCCAGAGUGAGUUCCUUGGUGCACAGAACUCAGUCAGUUUUCCAACAUGUAGAUAAAAAUAGUGUUGCCUGAAACAAGUAAUAUUUAAACUAAAAAAUUGUAACCUCAAAAUUCUGAUUUUUAUCGCAGUCUCUUCAAAACCUUAAAAUUGCCAGUUUGAUGUAAUUUGUUCGCCCUUUUCGUUCCAUCUUCUCUGUCGUGAUCUUGAAACGAUUUUCCAGACGCUAUGGAGGACGACAGCAGUCAAUUCUAGAACUCGGAAAUGAACGUUUUGUGCCUCGGAAGAGAAUGAAUUGAAAAACAAUGGUAUUUUUGUUUGAAACACGGGUGGAACCCUGUCAAAACAGCAUCUGGAACUCGGAAAUGAUACCAUAUUUGCAAGAGAUUUGUACAAUAGCCAGUAGUUAUUUGGCUACCUAUUGUUUCUGUUCUAUUGUUCUUAUUGCUAAAACAUUGAAUUCGAUAUGGCAAUAGAGUUGUUAAGUGAUGACGUCACAAAAAUAUAUUUUAUAAAUUUUGAAAUUUUUUCCCAUAACUUGAAAGAGCAUCAUGAAAUUCCUCUAAAUCUGCAAAAUCAGUUAAAGGCAUUAAGAAUUGGCUGAGAUAUGACCAGAUGAGCACAAGCUCUGGCCCCAUCAAACCUCUGUAAUUUGGUCUCAGUUCAUAACUUUAUUAACUGAGCCAAAAUAACAGUAAUCCAUAAGCAAACUUCAAAUCAAGCAAAUUGUUGUGUAUAACGCAAGCUGAAGGCUUCACUCCAGUUCUGUUAAAUCUCUGCUUCUAUCAGCAUCUAGGAGAUGAGCUGUUCAUUGGUGAUCAUCUAACGAGAGAGAGUGUAAUAGUAUUCGAUUGAGAGUCUGAGUGAAGACAUUGGAGAAUAAAGAGCGUAAGCCAAAUCUUUGACCUUUAUUUGUUUUGUAAAAUUGCGAAAAACUGCCUUUAAAAAUAUCUGACUUUACAAUUACCAGUUUUACAGGAAAAAUGUUUUUUUUAUAUUCCACUAAAAAUUUACAAGACAAAUUACCUAUUACGCUACCUACUAAUUACUUGACAAACACUACAAGGAUGUUGAUACCACAGGGAGCAAUAGACCAUGACAACCCCGUGGCAAAUAAACAUAGGAGGAGUAAAGACUACCAGGUGAAUCAGGAAGAGGCACCACCCGCCCGCAAAGCCGCACCUGAGAGCCACCAACCGAAACCCAUAAUUGGAUGCGAAUUUAAACAAUGCUAUAAAAAUUGUGUCCCAGGCCUCACUUGAGGGAUUAUUAUCGAGUGUGUGGCCCCACCACGACUUCCCAAGCAUGCAGCACCUCUCCCCCGAUCCACCCAUUACAUAAAAAUACACAGAAGAAUAUAAUAAUUAAAUUAAAUUUACAUCUACUAGACGGAACUUUACAAACAAGAUGCUUUACGAUAACGUAUUUUUUUUACAUUUUAGGUAUAACAAACUAUGAUGCGAUCCUAAUGAAGUCGACCAGUUUCAUGGAUGAAUCUUAGAGUCAAUUCAAGAAUAUUUUUGUUAAGAUCAUUUGGGAAGUCUUUGUCACCAUAUAAUAAAAGAUGUGUUAAGAGCUCGUUUGGAAUAUUAACAUAUCCAAGUGGUCGCAGUAAUGCAAAAACUCGUGCGAGAAGAUUUCGGCGUUGAAUCUCAAAGGAAAGGCAAAGCAACAAAAAGUGUUCCGUGUUCUCAAUACCGUCGUUCGUAGGGCACAUUGGAUGGAUGGUAACUCUAAAAUUGUACUUGAACUUGUGAAAAUUCAACUUGCUUAGUCCAACCCUAAGUUGAGUAAGAUAGGAUAGUCCGAUGGUUCAUGGAUCCCAAAGACAGACUUAGCAGGGGGGCGGAUAAUGGACAAUAGCUUUUUCUUAAAAAUCGCGAUGGUUGGUGCGAAUCUGAUCUCUGGACAUAGAUCAUUCCAAUCAGACAGACAACUGCGAUAGAAACUAGAUUGAAAUCUUUCUGUCCUUGCUCUUAUUCGCCCAACGACAUCCUGUUUGCGAAGAGCAUAUUGCGACUGUUGAAGUUGCGGGAUAGGAUCUGUUGUAUAUGCAGGGGACAUGUUAUUUAUUAUUUUAUAAAACAAUGUUAGGCUUCUACUCCAUCUUCGGGAACUUAAUGACUCCCAACCAAGCUCAGCGUACAGCUUUUCCCGUGAAGUUCCCCUCCAUGCCCCUGUAACGGCUAGGGCUGCAGAAUACUGAACGGACUCUAACUUUUCCAUAAAAUUUGGUAAUAUUGUAUUUCCGCUAAAUUCACACACUCUAGCCGGAAUAUGGUAGAUAACAUCCCCGUAAUCGAGAUGGGGUCGCACAUAGAGCUUGAAUAAUUCGUUAAGAGUAUGUCUGGGUAGAUACU